AUGGCAGAUAAUAAUCAAAUUCUAUGGAACACAACUGGAGAAGACCUUGUCAAGCUAUACAAAACUGAUCUUACUGGCAAAAUCGCUAUAGUAACUGGCCCAAACUCUGGUAUUGGCUUGGAAACCGCGCGUGUGCUUGCCUCAGUUGGAGCCAAAGUUAUUAUUCCCUGUCGAACAUUUGAAAAGGCUGAGGAUGCAAUUAAAACCAUCAAGAAAUCAGUACCUAAUGCUGACCUGGUUCCGAUGAAAUUAGAGUUAUCUGAUUUAUCCUCCAUCAGUGAAUUCAGUAACUCGUUUUACCAACUUAAUCUGCCUCUUCAUUUACUCGUCAAUAAUGCCGGUAUCAUGGGAUGCCCUAAAUCAUUCACUGAAGAUGGAUUCGAGACUCAAUUCGGGGUCAAUCACUUGGGCCAUUUUUACCUCACACAAUCCCUACUUGGUAAACUCCAAGCCGAAGCUUCCACUGGUGCUCGUGUUGUUUGUGUCAGCUCUGCUGCUAAUUAUCACUUUUUGGGCAAAGAAGGUCUUGAUUUCGAUAAUCUCAAUGCAGAGAAAAGCUAUAGUCCAAGUGUUGCCUAUGGUCAAGCCAAGUUUGCCAACAUCUUGUUUGCAAAAGAACUACAACGACGAUUCGAUGCUGAAGGCGUAGACAUUACAGUAACCAGUCUUCAUCCAGGCGCUGUUGUAUCUAAUUUAGGCCGUCAUAUCAAUCUGUCUGCCGCUUGGGAUAGUUUUCGACAUGCAAGAGAUUUUUUUAGCCUCGUGAAAGAGGUGGUGAGUUACAAAAAUGUCAAGAUAGGUGCCUCUACUAGUAUCUAUUGCUGUGUGUCUCCAGAUGUCAAGAAGGGCGAGUUUUAUGCAGAUAAUGUGAUCAAUAGGACGGUUCUCAAUGAACAAGCAGACAACAAGGAGAUGGCUAAGCGGCUUUGGGAUCUUUCUGAGAAACUUAUAGCAAAGGCGUUGAAUCCUUCAAUGAGCCUUAGCUAA